AUGGAGGCGCUCAAGAACUUGGUCUGCAAUGUGCCGGACUGGUUAACGAAGCUCGACGAGCUGAACGGGCAGAUUGAGCAACGGCAGAUCGAGUUGGCCAAGCUGGCCCAGGCGACCGAGGCGGCCAAGCCGACCUCAGCAACCGAGGAAGGUUCGCCCACCCCCAAGUCCAUCCGGAACAAGGGUUCAACCGAGUCGCUCAAGCCGCGUGACGAGCCCCAGGCCCAUCCCCGUGACGCGACUCCACAGCCCGAGGAGGACGACCCUGCCGCACUCGCAGCCGCCGCCGCUGCGGGGGCGGCGGCUGCCAAAGGGAGCACGGAGCAGCUGACACCACCGAGCCCGGCCGAUGCAAAGCCAUGCGGAGCCGUACAGAUAAGGACGCACCGGGCGCGGGCCGAGGGGCAAGCUCAAGCGCGCGCAACCUUGCGCAAGCGACAGCGCACAGACUCGGUCCUCAGCGGGGAGGGCGCCACUCCAAAGUACCGCACCCGCAGUAUGAUUAUCGUCUAUUACGACAGCUAUGUGCAGAAUUUCUUCGAGGAGCUUGUCAAGUUUGUCAGCGCCAGCCGCAACAUGAUGCGCAAGGCCAAGAUGGCGGCCAAGGUGGCGCAGAUCAAGCGGCUCGCCGAGAUGGAGACGCCCGAGGACGACGAGGAGGCCGAGGGGGAGAAAGAUAUCAAGUCGACGGUCGCAUCCGGCGCCACAACCACACCGCCGCUGACAGCAACCAUGGCCCCGAUCGAGGCGAGGCCAGCGCCCAAAGAAGAGGGAGAAGAGCCACCGCCGUUACAGUACGUAAGUUCGAGGCAGAUGGGGCGCGUGCCGGCAGCCAUGGUGCGGUCCAGCAGGGUCAUGUACGCGCGGGCGGGCGGACGCGGGUACCGCGGGCCUUCCGGGCUGGGCCCGGACGGAAAGCCGCAGCAGGGCGACGUCUACGACGAGCUGGACAAGGGGCUCGAAUACGUGCAGAGCAUGUGCGAGCACGCCGCGCACCAGUUCCUGCGCGACGGUGACUGCGCAGAGGAGGUGGCCAACAUCAAGCAGCGGCUGGCCGAAACCAAGGAGCUCGCCGAUAAGGAGAUGGAGCGCGUCAAGACGGAACAACCAGAGACGCUCAACGGUUUUGAAGAGAUCCGCGGGCGCAGCUACCGCCCGCCAUCGAUGCGCAAGGACCUGAUCAAGGAUGGAAGUAAAAAAGAGACGGGGAUUUUGGACACGGCAUCAAAUCUUAAGGGGACAUCGUGA